AACAUGGACUCUGUGGGUCUUUUUAUCCUUCUUUUACUUAUGUUUUUCCAGUUUACAGCUGCUCCUGCUGCCGAGGAAGUCACCUGGACCUACACUGGGUUGGUCGGCCAGUCCGAGUGGUCCGAGUAUUUCCCUGACUGUGGCGGCACAUCCCAGUCCCCGGUCGACGUGGUAACCACCCAGACCAAAUAUGACCCCGGUCUGAUGCCGGUGACCCCGCUGGGCUACAGUCAGCACGGCAACAAGCCCUUCACGCUGUACAACAAUGGACACACAGUGGUCAUCGAGCUGCCGGACUGGAUGGGCCUCGGGGGGCUGCCGUGGCUCUUCACGGCUGUGCAGAUGCACCUCCACUGGGGCAGCGGCGGGCCGAGUCACGGGGGCAGCGAACACACCAUCAACGGGCUGAGCGCAGACGCAGAGCUCCACGUGGUUCACUACAACUCCGAGCUUUACCCGAACCUGUCAGCAGCCAUGACGCACCGAGACGGUUUGGCCGUUUUAGGGAUUCUCAUUGUGACAGGUGAGGAGACGAACCAGGCGUUCAACAGCAUCCUCAACUACCUGAGUCGCAUCAGACACGCAGACCAGAGAGCCUUCAUCCCGGCCUUUGACGUCCAGUCGCUGCUUCCUAAAGAUCUCGGACGCUACUACCGGUACAACGGAUCGCUGACAACGCCUCCCUGCUACCAGAGCGUCUUCUGGACUGUCUUCCACGAAAGGGUUCAAAUCUCAAAAGCACAGCUGCUCAAGCUGGAGACAAUACUUUACUCGAGUAAAGCCGAAGAAGCCGACAGGAUGCUGCUGCAGGACAACUACCGAGCAACGCAGCCGCUCAACCACAGGGUGGUCUUCGCCUCCUUCUCUGCAGAAUCGGGGAAGGAGUUCUCCUCUGGUGAAGUCACGGCCAUCGUGAUCGGGGUGAUGUGCGGCUGCGUGGGCCUGGCGGUGAUCAUUCGCUUCAUCGUGAAGACAAUACGAUUUUUUAAACUCCUCCACCGUGAAACAGUCGCGGUAAACAGCUCUACCUCUAGCUGGGACGUCCUGCCCAGUAACCGGCCCGCUCCGAUGCCAAGGUUCAAGAAUCAUGACCUCCGACCCCCCACAGUUAGAUCCCCUUUAACCUCCGAAUCGGGGAAGGAGUUCUCCUCUGGUGAAGUCACGGCCAUCGUGAUCGGGGUGAUGUGCGGCUGCGUGGGCCUGGCGGUGAUCAUUCGCUUCAUCGUGAAGACAAUACGGGUAAAGGAGCCGGAAAAAGCACAAGAGAAGAAACAAGAUGUGGCUCUGAACUCGACCUCGGAGCUGGAAAAGAAAGAAGAGCCGUCGCCUCAGACCGAACCUUAA